AUGAAACUGGCCUUUAUCCUUCUUACCUCCAUUUUCUCUCCGGCAUCCGCCAUACCAACAACCACAGUACCUCCUGGCCCUGCUGCUCCAAUUCAAACCGUCAUUGUUGGCGGAACAUCCCUCGGGUUCAAUCCACCCACUCUUGAAGUCGCUCAAGGAAGCCGUGUACAUUUCGACUUCCGUGCUGUGAAUCACACCCUCACCGAGUCCACCUUCAAGUAUCCGUGCGAGAAGCUGUUCGGCACAGACAUUGACACUGACUUUAACAAUGCGAACCCGGAUAAUACGCCGAACCUGCAUCCUUUCGAUUAUACAUUUUCGUCUGAUAGGCCGCGGUUCUUCUACUGCAAACAAGGUGCAGGAACAAACUGGAGCCACUGUCGGCAGGGGGAGGUAUUUGCUGUUAAUGUAGAUGCGAGGACAUUUGCGGAAUUUCAAAAUAGGGCGAAGGGUAGUCAGUCUCCAUAG